CACUGCACCAGAUCUGGGCUCUGCUCCCCGCCUGCUCUCCGGGCUGCGGUUACAGCGUAGCAGUGCCGGGACCCGCUGCCUGCCCCCAGGAUCCGCCUCCAGCCCCAGCCCUGAGCCCCCGGAGCUUUCACCGACACUCACACUUGGCCAUUGCACUCCGGGAGCUGGAAUCGGCCCCUGCGGCAGCCCUGGGCUCUGCCGACAGCAGCUCCGGAGCCUGCAGACCAAGCUACGAUGACGGGGAAGGUUCCCUCGUUCUCCCCCGGCUCCACAGUGAGCUCCGCUCUGCCCGGCUACAUCGCUCUCUGCCUCGCUCUACAGGUUCACAGGCUGGAGUCAGCACAGUUUACAGUGACUGGACCUGGCCAUCCGAUCACUGUCUCCCUAGGUGAGGAGGCCGUCCUGCCCUGUCACCUCUCCCCCAGGAUGAGCGCUGAGAACAUGGAGCUGAGGUGGUUCCGAUCCCUGUUCUCUGCAGUUGUGCACCGGUAUAAGGAUGGGCAGGAUCAGUAUGGAGAGCAGAUGCUGGAAUAUCAGGGAAGGACAGAGCUGCUGAAAGACAAUAUCACCAGUGGGAGUGUUUCCCUGAGAAUACACAAUGUCCAGCUUUCUGACCAUGGACAGUACACGUGUUUCUUUCAAUCCCAUGUCUCAUAUGAAGAAGCCUUACUGGAACUGCAGGUGGCAGUUUCAGGCUCUGACCCCCACAUCUCUGUUGAUGGUCACCAGGACAGAGGGAUCCGGGUUGUGUGUCGAUCAGCAGGCUGGUACCCAGAACCCAAGGCCCAGUGGAGAGAUCGCCAUGGGCAGCUGCUAUCAUCUGCUUCUGAAAAAAUAUCCAAGGAGGCCAGUGGCCUAUUUCAAAGCCAGAUUUCUAUUGUUAUAACAGAACAUUCCAACCAGGGCUUGUCCUGUUCCAUCAGGAACCCGCUCCUUAACCAAGAGAAAAUAUCAACAGUUUCCAUAGCAGAGCUGUUUUUCCCAAGAGUCAAUCCCUGGAUGGUGGCUCUGGGCGUGAUCCUGUCUCUCCUGGCUGUUCUCAUUGCCCUGACCACAUACUGCUUCUGGAGGCAACACAGAGAGAAAGACAAACUCCAGGCUGAGCUCAGGUGGAGAAUCGCCCAGCUCUUCGCAGACCAAGCUACGAUGACGGGGAAGGUUCCCUCGUUCUCCCCCGGCUCCACAGUGAGCUCCGCUCUGCCCGGCUAUGUCGCUCUCUGCCUCGCUCUACAGGUUCCCAGGCUGGCGUCAGCACAGUUCACAGUGACUGGACCUGACCGUCCAAUCACUGCCUCCCUAGGUGGGGAGGCCAUCCUGCCCUGCCACCUCUCCCCCAGGAUGAGCGCUGAGAACAUGGAGGUGGGAUGGUUCCGAUCCCAGUUCUCUGCAGUUGUGCACCUGUACCGUGAUGGGCAGGAUCAGUACGAAGAGCAGAUGCCGGAAUAUCGACGCAGAACUGAGCUCUUGAAAGACGACAUCACCAAUGGGAGCAUUUCCCUGAGAAUACGUGAUAUCCAACCCUCUGACGAUGGGCAGUACAAGUGUUUUUUUCAGUCUAAUGUCUCUUACAAAGAAGCUUUACUGGAACUACAGGUGGCAGGUUUGGGCUCUGCUCCUGACAUCUCUGUGGUGGGACAUCAGGACAGAGGGAUCCGGGUUGUUUGUCGAUCAUCUGGCUGGUACCCGGAGCCCAAGGCUCAGUGGAGAGAUCUCCAGGGGCAGAUCUUACCAUCCGCCUCCGAAAAAAUAUCCCAAGAGGCUGAUGGCCUGUUUCAAACAGAGAUUGCCAUUGUUAUAAUGGAAAAGUCCAACCAGAAAGUGUCCUGCUGUUUCAGGAAUCCCCGACUCAACCAGGAGAGAGAGUCAGCGAUUUCCAUAGCAGAGCUGUUUUUCCCCCGAGUCAAUCCCUGGAUGGUGGCUCUAUGGGUGAUCCUGGCUCUCCUGGCUGUUCUCCUUCUCCUGGCCAGUUACUGCUUCUGGAGGCAACACAGAGCAAAAGAGACUCUGCAAUCUGAACUGAAGAGCGAGAAAGCGGCGCAUCGUGCAGAGAAUGACACACUCCAUGCUGAGCUCACAUGGAGACGCGCCCAGAUCUACGCAGUGGACGUGACUCUGGAUCCAGACACGGCUCAUCCCAACCUCGUCCUGUCUGAGGAUCGGAAACAUGUGAGACAUAGAGACACACGCCAGGAUCUGCCCGACAACCCUGAGAGAUUUGAUUCUUAUCCCAUUGUUCUGGGCACUGAGGGGUUCAUGGGCGGGAGGCGUUACUGGGAGGUGGAGGUGGGAGACAAGAUGAAAUGGGACCUGGGGGUUUGUAGGGAAUCUGUGAGCAGGAAGGGGUGGGUCACAGUCACACCCGAGGAUGGAUACUGGGCCCUGCGGCUGCGGGAUGGGGGAUACAAGGUCUGCACUUACCCCAGGAUCCCCUUCCCCGUGACCGUCAGGCCCAGCCGAGUGGGGAUUUUCGUGGACUAUGAGGAGGGCAAGGUCACAUUUUAUAAUGUGACUGAUAUGUCCCAUCUCUUCACUUUCACAGCCACAUUCUCUGGGACGCUCCGCCCUUAUUUCAAUCCUUGUCCCAAUGCUGGGGGUACAAAUGCGGCUCCCCUGAUAAUCUGCCCAGUCCCAGCUCAGGCCGAAGGGGAUCUGUCCCUGACAGUGACCCCGCAGCACAGACUGACCCCUCCUGGCACUGCUGCUCUUCCCACCCCCAGUGCUGGAGCCCAGUUACUGUAGGUAACUGGACUUUUUGUGCUGACUGGAUGCUGCCAGUUUCCCUUUUCAAUGGGAGAUUCCAGUCGAAAACCAGACCCCUGGGUACCCCCAGCCCCCACCUUUCCCCGUCCCCUGCCCCAGGGGUAGCAGAUGGGGGUGCAUGGGGAUCAUUCACUCCGGUCACAAUUUUCUACCCCUGUGAAAUCUCAGUGUAAACUAUGAAAGAAAAAAGAUUAUUCUAAUCUAGAAAAUAUUAUUGUAACAAGGUGUAAAUACAAGAGUAUUUAAUUUACAUUUCAACAGUAUUUCAAAAACAAGCAUCUAAACAUUGUUAGAAAUGGAAAUAUUUACAUUUUUUUAUUCUUCCCUCAAAUCUAUAUUGAAGUUUAACUUCUCUAAAUAACGUCAUUGGUAUUUCAACUGUGGAAUUUCAAGAAAUCCAAAAUAUUUAUCUUAACAAAAUAAAUGAUUAAAUUGUCAGACUGGUUGUUUAUUGCAAUAUACAUGUGUCAUAAACAUCACAAUUACACACAUGUGCAGCUGGUCUCUCUCUUCCCCUCCCCCUUUUUUAUUGUCUUGACUCCUUCUCUCGGGAAGGCAGGACACAUAUACCCACCUCCUGCACUACAGUUUUGAAAAUUAAUAGGUGAAAAAAUGAUAUAAUUAAGCAAUAUAUUUAAGUUAACUCACACAAGAUUAUAUAAUAUUUAAACUUCUGUCAGCAUUAAUUCAUGCUAUUUUUAAGUUUCUAGCUACGUAAUCAAGAUGUGAGCCUUCCUUUCAUUUUGUCACAUCAAUUAACAAAACAUAGUCCCCAACCUCAAAAGGGGUUGUAUUCCUUUACUGAAUCAUCACAAAUUAACUUAAUUGUAUUAAAGACGCUGGCACUUCACAUGACAUGAAAUUUGGUGAAUCUUCCUUGGCAAACCUUUCUUCUCAGCCAUAAAUCAGUCGAAAGGGUGAUAUUGUGGUUGUCAUGUGAGGUUUAGAGUACAAAGCAAAGAAAGUUGCUCCAGGAAAUUCAUCACAAUUCCUCUGGGUUCUCUGUCCACCAUCUUCUGGAAUGCUCUGUAAAAAUAGUGACCGAUUGGUCUAAUUCCUUGAAAUUAGUGAUUGAACCUAAUUUCUUGAAGAGCUACUGAGCAGAGUCUGAGGGGAGGCACAUAACAUUGCUAGGACUCUUUUUUGUUUUAAAUGUGAUGUUAUGAAAAUUUUCAAUGUCAUAAUUCAGUUUUGAAGGUUUAUUCACAAUAUGCCAUUCAUGGCAGUGUGCCCUAAACGUACCUUGAUUAUUUGAAA